AUGUCAAACGGAGGUAAAAGACCGCCAGAGGAUGAUUCGAAGCUACCGUAUUACAAAUUAGUAGUCAUUGGAGAUGGAGGCAAACAAUUCGUUGAUUAUUAUGAUCCAACAAUAGAAGAUCAGUAUAUUCAACAUUGUGAAAUUGAUGGAAACUGGGUUAUUAUGGAUGUUCUUGAUACUGCUGGUCAGGAAGAAUUCUCUGCAAUGCGUGAACAGUAUAUUCGUGGUGGAAGAGGAUUCCUUUUAGUGUUCUCGGUCACUGAAAGAAAAUCAUUUGAAGAAGCUCACAAACUGUAUAAUCAAGUACUUCGAGUCAAAGAUCGAAGUGAAUAUCCAGUUCUUUUGGUUGCCAACAAAGUGGAUUUGAUCAAUCAAAGAGUUGUUUCUGAAGAAGAAGGACGUGAAUUGGCUGCUCAGUUGAAGUUAAUGUACAUUGAGACAUCUGCAAAAGAGCCUCCAGUUAAUGUCGACGCUGCUUUCCACGAACUCGUCCGAAUCGUCCGUAGUUUUCCAAGUGACGAAGGAGAACAUGAGGCGUCAAUGGCUUCUGUUCCAAGAGCGAAAAAGCGAAAGGACAAAGGAAAGUGCUCGAUUUCUUAA